UCUCCUAAUUUAUUGACUGUUUUGUCGUUUUUUUUUUUUUUCAGUGGAUAUCUAUACGCGCAUAUUUCCUAUCUGGAAGACAACUGUCCAGCUUGUCUGUUGUUACUUUCCACUGAUCGUAACGCCUUCUUUGAAUUAGCGGAAACAAGGCUGAAAACGCUAGAGCGUUUGAAAAGAUACAGAUGUAUAGAAGCUAUUAAUGAGGCUGUAGCGAAAAAGAGUUAUAGUACAGAUCAAGUCGGUAUUCCAGAACUGUAUCAUUUUGUUUAUAAGUCAAAAAGUACAGCGCAGUACACGUCUCCUGAACUCGAGGCUCCUUAUGUUGAACCUGAAGAACAAGACAGGCUCUUCGGUUUAUAUCUUUAUCUUCAUCAUCGGAUCCACUCAGCUGCCAGGCCUCUGAAAAUUUUAUGUCACGUGGGCACACGAGAGAUGUUGCUGGGAUGGGUUACUUCAGGUUUUGAGUUAUACGCUGCCUUCAGUCCGCUUGUCACCAAACCUGACGCCAUCAAUGCUAUCAACAAACUUUUGAGAUGGAUCAAGCGCGAAGAAGAGCGACUCUUCAUUUUAAGCUCACAAGUAUUCUAAGGAUCCUAUCAUUCUGGGAUAUGGAGUCAGUUCUGUCUUCGGAGCGUCAGAGGAAGGCUGGGUCUACCCACGCUGCUUUUCAAGCCUCGCAGAAGCAAGACCGCUGAUGGUCUAAAACCCAGAAAUGAUAUUCAGCUGGAUAAAUUAUAGUUAUUUUCAAGAUUAUUUUGAUUUAAUAAUGAAACCGUCUCUGCAGAAUGGAAAUCCAGAUGUAAAGAACAGUAAGAAAUAAAAUUUCACCGUCGACUGGAGUCUCAGUGUCUGCAGUAGCCUGUGAUGCAUCAAGACUCAGCUGUUAAAAUCCCGGCUGAACACUCGUCAUUUUGCCAAAUUGCGGUCGAACAAACCAGUACAAGAGAAACAAAAUAACUUCGUCGUGAUAAUCUACAUCAUUAACUUCACAGAGUAAGAGGUUCGCUCGCUAACGCUAACCUGCGAGUUGCUUCUUUUGUGGGUUGUUCAACGAGAGGCGCAAGUCAAGGAAAACAAAUGACAGCGCGGGGGCCAUUUUCUCGAAUUUCUUCGCUUCUCGCUCGGCGAACCUCGAUGGACUGGGAAUUAGUAUGUGCGUGUGCUGGUUCAUCGUUUAAAAAGAAUAGAAACUGAAAGGUAAAAACAGAGGCGCUUUCCACUCGACCAGAAAUUCCAGUUUGCAUUUCCGGAAAUUUCCAGUCACAAAUGGAACGGCAUUUCCCGGAAUUUCAGGAAAAGAGAACAACCUCGCGAGGUAUACCUUGCCAAGUUCCUAGGCCUCAAAAUUGCCCCGAGGUCAGUCAUUUCUAGGCACGUGGUCCGGGGCGAAAGUUCGUUUCGAAUGCGUAACCGAAAUCAAUUGACCGUGAAGGUCUGGGAGAAAGCCGUACAGGAACAAGGCAAAGGUAUACCCAAAUUUUCGAAAAUUCCCUUUCUAUUUGAUUUUCCUCCCGGAAGUUUCGGUUGAAUGGUUCGCAUUUCGAAAAUUCAUAAUUCUCGGAUUUUCCGGCAUUUUAGUAUCAUUUGUCUUUCUUUCGAAAGUCCCAGAAUUUCUGGUUGAAUGGAAAGCGCCCCAAGUGAGAGAUGUCGACCUUCUCACGUUUUGAGAGGUCAGAGUACAGUGCACUGCUGGUUGUCAAUUCUACUGUGUGAAAUGCUGUACAUAGUGUACAGAGCUGUUUUCAUAGUUCUUGCCCAUCUUAUACCAGUACAAAAUUUUAAAUAGGUACAGAUGAAACCUUAGCUUGAAAGAAGCGGAAGAUUUGUAACAAUUAUACACUACGAUGAUGAAAUUAAAAAGGCGUUCUCA